AUGAGCAAGUACAAUGACAUUAGCCAGCCCCCUCCCCCUCUGCCAAGUCCCAACUUGGUAGAGCUCGAGGAGGGCUUGAAGUUGUUGCUGCCACUGACCCGGAGAGGACACGGCCCUGGUAUCGUUCUUCUCACACCAAAUACAGAUGAUCCACUUGCUAUCAGAGAAGGCGUGCCAUCUCUCUUGGUGAAAUGGGCCGAGGAAGGAUAUGCAGUUGUCGGCAUCGAGGAGCGGGCACUGGACAGGGGAGUGUCAACGUCCCUCAAGGCGGCUUUAAAAGCACUUUCGACGUGCGAAAAGUGCGAGCCAAAAGGCAAAGUCGGUCUCGUUGCAUACAGCGCGGGUUUGUGGGACAAAGCAGCACCCGUGCUGGCAGACACGCCUGAGGUUCUGGCCGCAAUAUUAUAUGCUGAUGCUUCCGAACAGAAGAGCUUAUCACAGGCCAACAUACCGGUUCUUCAACAACUCGCUGGUGGCGAGCUGACAACACGUCAAAUUUCCUCAACCAUUCUCAGCACUUAUUUCUAUCCAGAUGUGCAAUCACAUAGAUUUGCGAUUCCCUUUUCCGAGUCAUUCCACUACAACACGGAGGCUCUCUCACACACCCGUAACCUAACGUUUCUCAAACCUAUAAUGGGGGGACCAUAUUUUGAUCUCGAGCUCAUCUGGGACGAGCAUACGUACUACGAGUUCUCUGAUCGAUCAGUGGAACACACUAUGAGUACUAUGGUUCAAGAACCAUACGUUAAUCAUGUGCCAACAAUGACAGGAGGCGUGGGCCGGGCAGCCCUGACUUCAUUCUACAGACAAAACUUCAUAUUCUUAAAUUCCGUUGAUACUUCAAUGGAGCUGCUAAGCCGAACUAUUGGUAUUGAUCGAAUUAUAGAUGAGUUUCUGUUCAAAUUCACACACGACAAGGAACUGGAUUGGUUCCUCCCUGGAAUCCCGCCGACAUUUAAAAAGGCAGAGAUCCCUUUCCAUGCCGUUGUGAAUAUCCGAGGAGAUCGAUUAUAUCACGAGCACAUCAACUGGGAUCAAGGGACGGCGUUGAGACAACUGGGCUUGAUGCCCGAGUACCUGCCGUACCCCUCUCAACUUGUCAACGGCAGCGAAUCGACACCUGGCAAGCGCUAUGAAUACAGAGUGCCAGUAGGUGGGAUCGAGGUCGCCUCGAAGUUGAGGGACAGGAAUUCUGUUUCAUCCAACGAGAUGUUCAAGUUUCAAGUGAAGGAGGUUGAAGAACACCAGACCUAG